AUGCACUUAAACGAUGGCUGCGAGGGCUCCACACAAUGCGGCUACAAAAAUCUGAUCGCGCCUCUUUCUCUCCCUCAAUCUUCCACUUUCAUCCUCACGCUUUCUCCUUUCCUGCCCACUGCGGCACCUCAAAAGCAACCCCCCGAGCACAUUCCGAGAAAGGCGCUGUUUGGUGCGCUUGAAAAAGCAGCCAUGGGCGCGGUUCAUCUCUACCUCAUUCGCCACGGCGAAUCCGUCGAUAAUGUCGCGAACCUCUACGCGCUCUUUGUGGGCGUGGCGCGUGUUUGCAGUGCUGGGUCUCGCGACGCACCUUUGACGAACCAUGGCGUCUUGCAAGCCAAGCGCCUGGGUGAACAUCUCGCGACGCGAACCGCUGCGGCCUCGGCCCCCAUCACGCAUGUCUUUUCGUCGAAUCUUCAAAGAGCCCACCGCACUGCGAUGCUAGCAGCCCACACUGGCGAUGGCGAUGCCCAGGCAUCGUCUAGUACCGGCGCGGGGUCCAUACCCUUAACGGUUGGAGUGGCCCCGCUGCAGUUAGCAGAGCUCCGGGAGAAACAUUUUGGAACAGGCGAGGGUCAGAGGUUCGGCGCCCGGUCGUCUGGAGAGAAGCAUGAAGGCGCCGAAGACCACGACUCGAUGCGUGAGCGUGCGGAGCGGUUCGUUGACGAGUACCUCGCUCCUCUCUUCGCUUGCGUCGAAGGAGAGCGAGAUGAAGAGCAAGAGGGUGCCAGCAACGGUACGGAGAGCAUCAUCAUUGUUGCCCAUGGCAUCAUCCUGGGCGUGCUGGCGAGGGUUCUCCUUGCCGCUGGCAACUUUGGGUCUUUGGCAACUGGCACGUCGGACCAGCAACAGCGUUUCUCGUGGACCAACACUGGUUAUCUCUUGAUUCAUAUCAAGUCGAUGCCGGCAGUCGACGCGAAAGAGUCUGCUGGUCUGCGAAGCGGUACGCAGGAACCUAGAUGGCCCCAUCUGAAGCUUGAAAUUGUGGAAGUAAACUGCACCGAACACCUUCGCGGGUUGAAAAAGACGCGCGGAGGGAUUGGCAGCGCAAAAUUUGACGAGAAGCAGAAGACGCUCAGCGCGUUCUUCAAACCGACUGCAUCCAAACGGAAGCACGAGGACAGUUGA